AUGAAAGUUGCUAUAAACAUCUUAUUAUAUCUUUUGAUGAUUGUAAUCCUUGGAGAUAAUUAUGUCAUUGGGGAAGUAGAAAAACGUACAAUCAAUAAACGUGUACCAGAACCUAAAGCCAAGGCUAUAGUAAAGCGUGUGCCCGAACCUAAAGUUAAAUCUAUUGUAAAACGUGUUGAAGUUCUAGAACAAGAAUUCCUCCCUAUAGAUUUAGGUGAUUUAAAUGGAAAAAUCAUAAUAGACAAAUAA